UUUGAUUGGUUUGAAGCCAACAUCUCUCCUUCCUUUUAUUUGUUUUUCUUUCUUUUGAUUCCUUACAUUAUAGAAAACAUGUAAAUAAAUAAGAAGAAUAUGAAAUUUAAAAUAUCAACCCUUAACGCGAUGAAUGACAUAACUGUCAUAAUCCGUGACCUAGUAUAAAGAACCAAUUAAAACUAGAAGAACAUCUCAUUUUCUAAAUUAUAGUAUCCUUGACAAAUAUAAUGGCUCAAAGAAGAGGCAUUCCUACUCCUUCAGGCAUUCCUGGCUCACGAACAAGACAAUUAAACCUUGAAGAAGUUCCCCCAUGUUGUCAAAAUCAACUUCCUGCACAAGCUAGACCCGAUCCUUCUGGUUUACGUUCCCAAAUUCAACGACCUAGAUCAGGUUUACGACCUCCUUACCAACAAACAAGACCAGGAUCAUCAGGAUUACGACAGCCAUCUCAGUCAGCAAGACCAGAGAUGUCCAUAUAUCGACCUCCAACUCACCUAGCAAGGCCAGAAACAUCAAGAUUACGGCCUCCAUCACAGUCUGCAAGACCAGGUGUAUCAGGAUUACGGCCUCCAUCACAGUCUGCAAGACCAGGUGUAUCAGGAUUACGACCUCCAGCUCAGUCCAGACUACAACAGUCAUUUAUGAGGCCACCACCUUCUGGACAAAGAAGUCAGAGCGUUCCACUACCACACGCUUCUAGAAUUAAUGUCACUACAACUAGUAGAUCUGGUGGCCAGAUACCUACAAGACCUGCUCUUGGAGUUAAUAGUACAAUGGUGGGAAUGGAUGGAAGUUUUGUACCUAGGGCUGCUAGUUCUAGAGCAGCAGUAGAAACUACACAGCCUAGAUCUUUUGGAUUUCGUGGAAAUGUACCACCUAGGCAGCCUAACACAUCGGAAAUAUCUAUGAUACAAAGACCAGGCUUGGACAGACGCGGCGCUGCUCAAGAUUCUUCGAUUAUAGCACGAGGUGCUCCUACUAGAGCAUUAGCUAAACCCACUCGAGUAGAGAAAAAAGUUAAAAUUGCUUUAUUGAAUGAAUCAACCGUUCAACCGGGAAAGAAAGUAAGAGCUAAAGCUAAAACUGAAUAUCAAGUUCCAAAGAAACUCAUUGCAACUCCCGCAGGAAGAGAACCUAUUCUACAACAAACUGUUUUGGAAAAAAGAGUAGAAAGAGAUGAUGAAGGUGAAACAGUUAUUAAAAAUGUAACAAUAUCAAAUCUAAACGAAUCAACUGGAAUGAUGGAAAACGUAGAAAUGGGUAUUCAAGAGUUUGAUCCGCAGUACCGUACAACAGAUAGUAAAGAACUAAUUGGAACAACUAGUACUGUAUCAAUAACUCCUGAAUUUACUACCGUAACCAAAGAUUAUCAAAGGGCUACUACCACGCCUAUUGCACCUGACAUAGGAAUAAGUCCGCAUGAAUUAUCUAGAUUAGUUGAAGAAGAAAAAGAGGAUGUUAAUAAUACUUUAAGUAUGAUGCCUCCUGAUUUGCUAUUAGAACCAGGUAAAUAUGAAAUUAAACAUAGAUUACAACAAAUGCGUUUGAACGCAGAAUCUGUAGCUUUACUGGAACAAUCCAUUAUUAAACCAGAAGUUACAGCAGAUGAUGCUCAGGAAGAAUUAUCUCCGGAAGCUAUAGCCAGUGUAAUGUACACCGUUGAAACUGGAAUCAAACCAGAAUCAAGUCCCGAUCAAGUUUUUAAUAGUUUAUUUCAAGAAUCACCCAAUGAACACUUCAUAAAAUUGAGUUCAGUCACUCCAGGUCCUCUUCAAGAUGUUGUGGUUCCUACUGAAGUACCAACAGAUAUUCACAAAGAAGUUAUCAGUAUAGAAAUGACAAAAUUAGCUGACAGGAUGGCUGGUGCAGAUCCUGAAAACAUUCCAACUACUGAUAUCUUUAAUCGGGUAAUGGAAGAAGCACAAAAGUAUCCAGAAUCAGGAAGGGUUAAUCCUAGAGUAUUUCCAAUGAUUCAAGAUGAACGUUCUCUUUGGAUUAAUGCCAAUUUAGAGCCUUUAGUUAACAUUGUAGGUGCUGUACCAAUAGAUACUUUAGAUCCCUAUAAUUUAGACGAGCUGGAAAAAUCUGGAAAUCUAGAAUCCGAAUUAAUGAAGGGAGUCGAAUAUUUUGUAGAAACAAAUCCGGUACAAUACGUGAAUAGAGUUCAGUUAAGGGGUUCUCAUUCACCUUCUUACUUUCCUGGUUACAUGGUAGCUGCUCCGGAUUUACCGGAUCUUAUUAAAAUUGUUAAAAGUCCUGAUGAGGUGUUUGCUUUAGGUUGGAAAUCAGUGCAGCCGAAAUACUUUGAGGAAGAGGCUAUGAUGUCUUUGUUGGGUUAAACUAAGUUUGUAAAAUAAAAGUUCAUGUUUCGAAAAGAAGUUUUAAUUUAAAGUUAGUUCUAGUGUAAAUGUUCACAUCAACUUGCUAGGUGAAAAACAAAUUAUACUACAAAUACUUUCCUUUUAAAACGAUAUUUAUAUCUGUGCUGUAUCAGUAGAAUCACACGUGGCCUGGUAAUAUUAGUUUGUUA